AGACCCUUUCACCCGCAACCUUUCUGCUUGUGAAGCAAAAGGGGCAGAGGUUCCUGUCAGUGCUGGGGGGCCUUUCCAAGCGCUGAGAGGUGCCGGGGAAGAGCCGGGUGUGAUGGUUGCUGUGUGCAGGCUUUGCUAAAGCUACAGUAAUCCAGUAAUGACAGUUACUCCCCAUGAGUUCCAAACAUGAACAGCAAACAGCAAAGUGCUUUGAAAAUCAGUGUGCCAUCUUCCUUUGAAACCAGUCUCUGAUUGUCAGAACUGCACGAUUCAUUCCUGCAGUGGGAAAGAUCCCAGGGAGCUUUCUUACAAGGAGUUUGUGCCAGGCGGUGAAUUCCCAGGAAACAUGCAGUAAGAUCCACCCAGCCCGAUCUCUUCGUGGACAGAGGAAUCUCAGCAGCACCAACCGCUGCAAUCCUGUGAUUUAAAGAAGCGUUACUACAAACCGGGUAACCAUUCGACACGCCUUCGCUUUCAGACACAUCGGUGCUUCAGCUUUGUCCAGCUGGACCUUCCCUGAUUGCAGACUCACAGAACCUGACGCUGCUCGCCCAGCCGCAGCCGAACACUCAUUAACUCGGGUUCACCUUUAAGCAGCCGCUGCAGUGCGGAGCUCCGUUCAGGGGGAAGGCCGGACUUAAGGCCGCCGCUUCCCUCCCGGCGGGGUUCGACAUGGCCGCCCCCUGCUUCUUGGGAUGGGAUUUCAGCACGCAGCAGCUGAAAGUCAUUGCUAUUGAUGAACAUCUGAGAGUCAUUUAUGAGGAUAAUGUUAAUUUUGAUAAAGACCUUCCAGAAUUUAAGACUCAAGGUGGAGCCCACGUUCACAGUGACCGACUGACAGUCACUUCUCCUGUGCUAAUGUGGGUCAAGGCUCUGGAUAUGAUUUUGGAAAAGAUGAAGUCUUCAGGAUUUAACUUCUCUCAAGUCAGAGCUUUGUCUGGUGCUGGCCAGCAACAUGGAAGUGUAUAUUGGAAGAAAGGAAGCAUCCAAAUCUUAAAGAAUGCAUCACCCGAGCUGCCUUUGCAUCAGUCACUGAAGGCUUGUUUUGCUGUCAGUAACAGCCCCAUCUGGAUGGAUUCUAGCACAGCUUCGCAGUGCAGCGCUCUGGAGAAUGCUGUGGGAGGAGCACAGCGCUUAGCAAAUAUCACUGGUUCUCGAGCCUAUGAGCGUUUUACAGGAAACCAGAUAGCAAAGAUUUACAACCAGAACCCUGAGGUCUACGCACAAACUGAGAGGAUCUCUUUAGUUAGCAGUUUUGCAGCUUCCCUUUUCCUAGGAGCUUAUGCACCCAUUGAUUACAGUGAUGGUUCUGGUAUGAAUCUGCUGCAAAUUUGGGAAAAGGUGUGGUCGGCAUCCUGCCUUGAUGCUUGUGCACCAGGGUUAGUGGAGAAACUGGGAAACCCUGUGCCAUCCCAUUCAGUUCUGGGAUCCAUUUCUCCAUAUUAUGUUCAGCGUUAUGAGUUUAGCCCAGACUGUAAAAUAGUAGCCUUUACAGGAGACAAUCCAGCAUCAUUGGCAGGGAUGAGGCUUCAAGAAGGAGAUAUUGCAAUUAGCCUUGGCACAAGUGACACAUUGUUUCUGUGGAUCCAGGAGCCAACUCCAGCCUUAGAAGGUCACAUCCUCUGCAAUCCUGUUGAUUCUCAAACGUUCAUGGCACUUUUAUGUUUUAAGAACGGCUCUCUGAUGAGAGAGAGGAUCCGAAAUGAGUGUGCUUCAGGCUCCUGGGAUGAAUUCUCCAAAGCCUUAUCAUCUACUGCUGCUGGAAACAAUGGGAACUUGGGUUUCUACUUUGACGUGAUGGAAAUCACUCCUGAAGCAGUUGGGAUUCACAGAUUCAGCAGCGACAACCAAAAGGUUUUGAACUUUCCAAAGGAGGUGGAAAUACGAGCCUUGAUUGAAGGGCAGUUCAUGGCCAAGAGGAUUCAUGCUGAAAAGCUGGGGUAUAAAGUCAUGCCCCAAACAAGGAUUUUGGCUACAGGUGGAGCUUCCCAUAAUAAAAAAAUACUGCAGGUCCUGUCUGAUGUGUUCAAUGCUCCAGUGUACACUAUUGAUACCGCCAACUCUGCUUGUUUAGGAAGUGCUUACAGAGCGAUUCAUGGACUUGUAGCUGAGACAAAUGUGCCCUUGGCUGAUGUUGUGAAAUUAGCACCAGAGCCCAGAUUGGCUGUUACACCAACUGCUGGGGCUGAGGAGGUGCUGCUAUCAACUCUGCUUUUAUUGAGUACACUGUGUCUUAGUACUCUGCAAUGUACCCAUCUGGUUAUCCUUUCUUACUCAGUAUCCAAUCAAUUAGAAGUCCUUCGUUACCUUCAGUGUGGGAUUCAUUCGACCAGUGUAGAAAUCUGUCUCCUACAAUACGAACUAAGGAACAGAAAGAAAAGGAGUUCUUGGCUGCUGUUCAUCUUAUCCUGUGGCAGUUGUCUGCAACAGAGCAGAAGGCUCCUCAGCAAUGCUGAUUUUCCAAUGGCAGCUAUUCUAAGAAAUUCCUGUUCCCACCUUCCUCAAGCCAUGGCUUUCUGCUCCUGGAUGUCAGCCCUGUUCUUUGAGCUGGGCACACCUGAACCUGCUGUACUUCAGAAGCCUAAGGGAUACCCAGAUCUGUUUGCAAUAAUGGAGAGCUGCAAGAGCUUUAUUUGGACACUGGAGGAAGAAGAAAGCUCUAAUGUGCUGGUGAGAGGCAUUGGUACCUGGCACUACUCCCAUGGAUGUCAACUGGAAGAGGCCAAUAGACUUCCCUGGAAGCAUUUCACACAGAAAAGCUCUGCUCUUGUGCAGUGUUUGCUUAUCAGAGAUAGGUUGGAUUUGUAAUGCUGUAGAAUAAACAAUUUCCGUGGUUAUGGCA